AGUGUGGGAACCUUGGGUGGUGGGGAGGGAGGGCCCCGGGGUGGUCGUGGGCCCCCUGGACGACCCGGGUCGUCGUCGCUGCCCUCGUCGUUCUCGUCCUCGUCGUCGCCUCAUGACCAGACAUGGCUCAGCCACUGGCUAAUUACCCGCUCCUCAAGCAAAUUUUACCAGAAGCGUAUGAAUACCGCAUCUGCCAAUUUAAAGAGUCGGAAAAGGAAGAAAGCUCCGAGCCAGCCACAAAAUUUGAGGCUACUAUUCGGAUGAAAAUAAAAACAAAAGCAGAAGCAAAAUCGUGGAUAAAAGAUUUGGAAAGAACAUCGGCCGUGACCUGGCGAGUUGAUAAGACUUAUCCAAUAUGUGGUGGCAAGAAGACUCAAAAUGUAUAUAGAAUUGACAUGAGAUGCCAACAUAGGACUUACUCAAGAUCUCCAACUGCUGACAAGAAGGCUUCCUCGAAAAAUACUUGUUGUCCAGCAAAGAUGUUUCUUGUAGUGAAGAGAACUCAUAUGGCAAGUGGUAAAUUAUCACAGUCAACAGAUGAAUAUUUACAAGAGUUUCCCACUCGUGUGUACUUGGACUUUAAGCACAACCACAAGCUCCUGUCACCAGAAAUUCUUCGAAAAAGAGAUGUGUCCGAGGAAACAGUACAAAAAUUGACAGAGCUGUACAAAGCAGGACAUACUCCAUUAUCUGCCUUAGAAGUAAUCAAACAUGAUCUCCAGGAAGAAUAUAGAGACCAGUAUGUUUUUGUUGCAGCAGAUAGAUCAAAAUGCCCCGAUAAACAGUUUUGUUACCGACUCUACUACAAAUUAUUUUGCCCCAAAUAUCCUAAAUCAUUUGGGAAGAAAAUGUUAUUAGAACUGCAAGGGCAUUUAAAGCCUUUUUGUGAGAAAUAUGAUUCUCACUGUGCAAGUAUUGAGAAAACUGAAGAUGAUAAUGUUAUCAUUGCAAUUUGUUCUCCAAGACCUAGACUGACACAAAAUGAAAACAGCGAGGAAAAUGAGCAGGGAAAUAUUUUGUCCAUGCCUCAAGUUACCCAGCGAGUGGAUAAACAAAGUUACUCGCCUCAGAUGCACAUUGUUGAGCAGUUUCAUUCACAAGAUUCAUGUGGACAAGCUAUAGGUCAGUGUGCUGAAGGCCUAAAAACAGUAUUUGAUGAUUUGUUAUUUAAGUUAGAAUCCAGUCCAGACAUUUAUCUAAAACCUAUAGAGACAUUUCUUAAAAACUUUCAAGAUAUUCAAAAAGAUGAUGAUUUAGUAAAUGCAUUGCAAACAUUUGGCCAGUAUUCAAAUGUAGCCAUGGCCAUAUCAAGUACCUUAAAGCGUCAGCAUUCAGGAGAUUCUUCUAAAGUGGAUCCAACAACCAUAAUUUGUGCAAAGAAGAAGAAGGGGGCACGGCGACGGCUUAUAACGGCACGACCUGUCAAUCACCAGACGAUGCUUCAUCCUGAAAAUAACAACUGCGAUGGAGACCUAUUAAUUCACGAAGUAUCGGCUCAUGAUUUAGCAGUUCAUGAGGUAUCGGCUCAGGCACCAGCCCACGAGGUGUUAACCCACGAGGUAUCAAAUCAUGAUGUAUUAACUCAUGAAGUAUCAGCUCAUCAGAUAACCCAUGAGAUAACAUCUCAUGAAAUGUCAACACAUGAUAUAUCAGCUCAUGAAAUAUCCACACAUAAUGUAUCAGCUCAUGAAAUAUCCACACAUGAGAUAUCAGCUCAUCAUAUUCCAGCUCACCAUAUUCCAGCUAACCAUGUAUCAACUCACCAUGUACCAACUCAUCAUAUAUCAACUCACCAUAUAUCAGCUCAUCAUGUUCCUGCUCACACAAUACAUUCACAUGAAAUUCAUUUGCAUCCUUCACAUACUAUCUGUGCUCAUCAGGAAAGAUCAUAGAACUUGAGGAAAACUGAACUGUAUUAGAGAAGCAGAAGUAUCGAAUAUUUCAAGAUUAUUUACAUACAAUACUAGUAUUGAGAAAAUAUAGAUAGCAGUGUUAAACUUAAUAUUUUCCAAUUCCUGUGUGGGAGCUUUAUAUUUACAUGUUUGAUAUUGAUUGUAUAUAAUUAUAUAAAUAUGUAAAUAUGGAUGGAGUUCUAAUAUAAAAUAGAAAUGUUACAGGUAACAUAUGUCUAAACUUGUCAUCUGAAGCUGUUUUGAAACACAUUAAUAGGGAACACUUAGAAGAAUUGUUCCAUUGUACAUUUGUUAAAUAUAUUUUUCAACAUAUUUUAA